CUCUGAUUCGAUCUCCCAGGGAAUCGUAACGUACCGCCACAUGGUACUAGUACGUGUAGUAAGCGCCAAAAUGAUGUUACUGCGAUUCCGAGUCCCUGCAGCUGCUAAUGAUGAGCUCGAGACGACUUGUCUUUGCUUUUAAAGUGAUACUCGCCACAGUCGUAGGCGUCGGCCUUGGCAAUCUUAUUAUACGAGGACCUUGGUCGUCCGACAACAGGUCUUUCAAAGGAAUUGCUCUCAGUCAUGAUCUAUCCCUUCAAAUAGAUUUCGGAGAUCCAGUAUGGAUGCGAAUAGAUCAAACAGCACACUACAGCGCCCACACAGACGAAGGCGGAGAAGAGUACGCAAAGCUCAUUCCGCGCGGAGGACACACCGUCCAGAUCAAAGAUGCAGAGACGGGCGAAAACCGCGUUUACACGGUGACGCUCUUUCACCAGCUCAAAUGCUUGGGAAUUAUUCGGGAUGAUUAUGCGGAGAAGCGUCCACCGUCGUCGAUCGCACGUCAUUGCAUGAAUUAUCUUCGUCAGUCGAUUUCGUGUCGACCUAAUAUCAGGAUUGAGCCGACUGUGAAUAACCUUGGGACCGCUGUUAGGGGGUAUGAGACUGUUUGUCGUGAUUGGACAAAACUUUAUGAGGAGGUGGAUAAACUGCAUGGAUUGGCUUCGGAUGCGUAGGUGAUUUGAACGGAUACCUGCACAGAUUGUUACCUAUAACUAUACAGUGCGUGGGUUUACUUACACGCAAUAGGUUGUACUUUGUACUUGCAUACACAAAACGAGAUGUAUCUGCACGAUGUGUGGGCUCACGG